GCGGGGGCGGGUCGGAGCGGGCGGCGGCGGAGGGCGCGGCGCGCCGGGGAUCGCGGGGAGCGGGCAGCGGGGACGGCGGCGGCGCGGCCCGCGUGACCCAGCGCCGCGCCCCGUGGCCCCGCCGCGCCCGGCCCAGCCGCAGGAUGCGCGCCCCGCCGCUGCUGCUGCUGCUGGCCGCCUGCGCGCCGCCGCCCUGCGCCGCGGCCGCCCCGACGCCGCCGGGCUGGGAGCCGACCCCCGACGCGCCCUGGUGCCCCUACAAGGUGCUGCCCGAGGGCCCCGAGGCGGGCGGCGGGCGCCUGUGCUUCCGCAGCCCCGCGCGCGGCUUCCGCUGCCAGGCUCCGGGCUGCGCGCUGCACGCCCCGGCCGGCCGCUCCCUGCGCGCCAGCGUCCUGCGCAACCGCAGCGUCCUCCUGCAGUGGCGCCUGGCCCCGGCCGCCGCGCGCCGCGUGCGCGCCUUCGCGCUCAACUGCUCGUGGCGCGGCGCCUACACGCGCUUCCCGUGCGAGCGCGUGCUCCUCGGGGCCUCCUGCCGCGACUACCUGCUGCCCGACGUGCACGACGGCGUCCUCUACCGCCUGUGCCUGCAGCCGCUGCCGCUGCGCGCUGGGCCCGCAGCCGCCGCGCCAGAGACCCCCGAGCCCGCCGAGUGCGUGGAGUUCACCGCCGAGCCGGCCGGCAUGCAGGACAUCGUGGUGGCCAUGACGGCGGUGGGCGGCUCCAUCUGCGUCAUGCUGGUGGUCAUCUGCCUGCUGGUGGCCUACAUCACCGAGAACCUCAUGCGCCCGGCCCUCGCGCGCCCCGGCCUGCGCAGACACCCCUGAAGCGCGAGGCCGCCCGCCCAUCUUUGCGCCACCUGCCUGAGGGCGCCUGAGCUCCCAGGUCCUCCGCCCGCUCUCCUCUCCUCAUUCCUGCUGCCUCCUUAAGAUCCCCGCGGAGGAGGACCUGCCGGCGACGGCUCCGGCACUUUGGCAUCAUCACACGCCCUUUCCAGCCGGGCGUCAGACUCCCAGACUCUGGCCCCGGAUUGGCCCCUGGGCUUGCGCUGCUGUGCCAGCCGCAUCCAGGGCUCUCCCCGCUCUCCGCAGGCCUUCACAGAGGCGGCCAGGGCAUGGAGCCCCUUCCAGCAAGAGCCAUGGGCACUCCGGCUCACCCCGCACCUCCAUCCUGUGCCAAAUUGUCCCAGACAGACCGUCGCCAUUGCUCGGUCACUGUGCUUUGCAGGCCUGGGGCGCAGCUCUCCAAGCCUGUCCUGCCCCGCCCCACCCCACUGGGCUUAGGUUAGCUUCGUGCCUUAGUAUCUCGGGCCCACUGCAGGAGCCAACACCCUCUGCUGUCCAGGGGGAGUCUGUGGCCCUGAGAUUGGCCGGCCUCUCCAUGCAUCUGGCCAGCGUCCCCUUGGAGACACCUUCACCCUCAAGCGCUGCAGAAGCAUGAGGUGAGGGCCUGCAGCGCUCUGUACCGUUUAGGGUGUUGGACCAGCCGGGAGCCUGGCAGGCCUGGCCCAGCGGCCAGGGUGAGUGUUCUCAGACCCCGGGCAGCUGGUGGUUCUCCGGGGCCGGGUACCCCUUUUGUGUGUGCAACCUCUGACUAGGACCCUGUGGGAAUGGGGGCAGAUGGCGGCCAUCACCACUGGGUCCCAGGGCAGAAGCUUAGAUACCAGCCUUGAGCAGCCUGACCUUCCACCGCGGCCUGGAUCCCAAGCCUCAGCCCACCCAGCGGACCUUGGUGGCAACGGUGUGACUGACAGCACCACCCCUAGCCUUUGCAUGCCCAGGGGUCGAGAGCCAGGAUCCGGCCCAGACAAUGCCACCCGCCAUGGAAGAAAAGCUGACCCUGCCCACCUGCUGCAGACCCGGGCCCCAGGCCGAGGUUGCUUUCUGUGACGACCGCCUGGUGACGUUGGACACCAGGAGGGUUAUGGCACUGCCCUCCCCUCCUGGAGCCCCUGGCACUGACCACCUGGACUUGACCUGACUCCUCCUGGUCACUGGCCAAACACCCAUCCUCACCCCAGCCACCCUGGGCCCUGGCUGGUGCCGCGUGACACCUGUAGCCCACCUCUGUGUCUUUGCUCCGCCCACCCCUGCGUGGCGCCGGUCAGGCGCAAACCUGGUGCCAGUGUCUAAACGUCCAUCAUUCUCAGACCAA